AAAUUCUGCAUUCCUUCUAUUUCUUCCAUUUCAAAAACGGAACCAGGCACCCCCCACCCCUCCAUUUUGCUUAACUAUUGGCUUCUUCCAGAACCAAUCCCCUUUAAAUAUAUAUAUAUAUAUAUAUAGCCAACAAAAGCAAAGGUCCCAUAGACUAGAGAGAAGAGAAGCAGAGGAGGAAGGAAGGAAGGAAGGUUGUCUCUCGGGAUAUGGGUGUAGAUCCGUGGGCUCUUGCCGAGGUUACCGUGGACUCCUUGCCCUCUCUUUGGACUUCCCACCAUGAGAGUGUGGAGGAGUUGAGUCGUAAGCUUCUCUGUGCAACCUUGGAACUGGAAGCGCUCAGAAAUGGCGUCAAGGAGGAAAGGAGGAAGAGCGAAGAAAAUAUCAAUCAGCUGAUCCAAAUCCUGAAGAUAACCACGCAGGAGAGAGAUGAAGCUAGGGAACAACUGCAGGUCUUACUCAACAAAAUUGCGCAACCUCUCACAGCUGAGCUCGUUCCUCGCCUUUCUUGCCUGCAACCUGAAAGUCCACAGAUGUGGCAGGCAAGAGGAGGCAAUUCCAGUGUCACAGAAUCUGAAAGCCUAUCCGACACUCCAAACCAACACUCCUACGGAUGCUCUCCUGUGGAGUCCUUCUUUGAGACGGUUACUUCUCCGGAGCUGACGAGCUUGAAUGGAGCUGACUCCUGCAACAUUGGACCCCCACAGCAACCACUAUUUCUCGAAAACAGUCGCUCUUCUUCAGUGGCGAUCUCUCAUGGCACUGCUAAGUAUGAUCGCGGCGAUGCUAUAAUCGACAGCAUCGCUGCGAAGAAGCCAUUGCCGGAGAAAGGAAAGCUGCUGGAAACUGUGCUGAAGAUAGGUCCAGUACUGGAGACUUUGAUGGUGGCCGGGGCCCUCCCUCAAUGGCGCAAUCCUCCUCCACUGCAACCAUUUCAAAUUCCUCCUGUGACUGUCAGAGCUCGCAAUGCUCGACUGCCCAACCGAGCUGGUGCUUUGAAUUCUGAUCAUUUGAUUCAGAGUUCUCCGGAUGAGAAAGCUAAUGGAUUGUCUCAGGUGCAUGCUGCAACGAUGUUGAAUUUUUCCAGUACGGUGAGCCUGUGUGCCAGGAACAGACCUAUGGCAUUGCCUUGCGUUAGCAGCCACCAGGGCUUUGAGGCAAAGCGGCAGAGGAUUCAAUAGACUGUUGGUACAUGAUCAGAGGGAAGUAGUGUCUUGGUUUAGAUAGGUUUUCGGAAGACACAUGCUCUGCUUUUCUUUCUUUCUUUUUUUUUUUCCUUUCUCCAGGAACUGCUGAUCUUUAUUAAGAAUAUAAAACAUGUUUAUGAUGUAAAUGGCACGAGCUUUUUCUUUU